UUGGACAGCGAGUGACGGGGUAAGACAGCAGAGAACAACUCAGAACAAGAGAAGAAGCUGAUCUAGAGUCGUCGCGGUCGGAUAGACAGCAUGUAUUGGGACGUGGCCCUCUGGAGCGCCGGGAUCUGGGCGAUCCUGAGUUUAGCUGCUGGACAACUGACCGAGAAGGAGAAAUCAACCAUCGUGGACAUGCACAACAAGCUUCGCUCUCAGGUUACGCCCAGCGCCGCCUUCAUGCAGAAAGUGGUGUGGAACGAGACACUGCGUGUGGUGGCGGAAGCUUACGCAGCGAAAUGCAUCUGGAAACACAACCCUGACCUUAAGGAACUCUUUUUGGGUGAAAAUCUCUUUAUCACCACUGGAGCUUUCAAUGCAACUGAAGCAACGGUUAGCUGGUUUGAUGAAAAUGUGGAUUAUAACUAUGAAAACAAGUCCUGUCCUAAAAACAAAAUGUGUGGCCAUUACACUCAGAUGGUGUGGGCAAACACCAACAGAAUCGGCUGUGCUACUCACUUCUGUGACACUGUUGAGGGUCUAAGUUUCAAGAAGGCCACUAUUCUCGUCUGCAAUUACGAUCCUCCAGGAAAUUUUAGGGGACAAAAUCCAUACGUGUCUGGAGAGCCGUGCUCAAAGUGUCCAGAAAACCUGCCAGUGUGUGAGGAGAAAAUCUGCGUGCGUGAGAAUCCCCUCCAUCCAUUCGAGGAGCCAGGCGUCGCUGUAGACCCGACUGUCUCACCGGAGUGGGACGUCACUGAAGACCCGAUAGUCUUACCGGAGUGGGACGUCACUGAAGACCCGAUAGUCUUACCGGAGUGGGACGUCACUGAAGACCCGAUAGUCUUACCGGAGUGGGACGUCACUGAAGACCCGAUAGUCUUACCGGAGUGGGACGUCAAUGAAGACCCGAUAGUCUUACCGGAGUGGGACGUCAAUGAAGACCCGAUAGUCUUACCGGAGUGGGACUGGGACGUCACUGAAGACCCGAUAGUCUUACCGGAGUGGGACGUCAAUGAAGACCCGAUAGUCUUACCGGAGUGGGACGUCAAUGAAGACCCGAUAGUCUUACCGGAGUGGGACGUCAAUGAAGACCCGAUAGUCUUACCGGAGUGGGACGUCACUGAAGACCCGAUAGUCUUACCGGAGUGGGACGUCACUGAAGACCCGAUAGUCUUACCGGAGUGGGACGUCAAUGAAGACCCGAUAGUCUUACCGGAGUGGGACGUCAAUGAAGACCCGAUAGUCUUACCGGAGCGGGACGUCACUGAAGAUCCGACUGUCUUACUGGAGCGGGACGUCACUGAAGACCCGAUAGUCUUACCGGAGUGGGACGUCACUGAAGACCCGAUAGUCUUACCGGAGUGGGACGUCAAUGAAGACCCGAUAGUCUUACCGGAGUGGGACGUCAAUGAAGACCCGAUAGUCUUACCGGAGUGGGACGUCACUGAAGACCCGAUAGUCUUACCGGAGCGGGACGUCACUGAAGAUCCGACUGUCUUACUGGAGCGGGACGUCACUGAAGAUCUGACUGUCUUACCGAAGCGCUCCCACUCGACCACGGAGCCCGUCAAUGUUCCCCGAGAGUCCACACGCGUGCCUGUUAAAGUACAUGUAGAUGAGACCAGCAUGGAAAAAACAACCAAGAGUCAUGGAUCCAUCCAAGAUGGACAGCGUUAG